AAACAGGAACUCACCUUGGCUAGCUGUGCUUGGAGUCCCAUCCUCAUCCCGCUCACUCUUGACACUGGAUCUCGGAAGGAAGGGCUUGUGCUUGCUUCAGGAAAUCAGACCUGCUUUUGAACUGGACUAUUUUGGCUCCCCUUGGAAGAACUCUGGUGGCUCUCUUGGCCCUGCAAGCUCCUUGACGUCACAGUACAUGGAAAAAUGCAAGCUUUACCAGACGUGAAAGCGCCGUGUGAGGCCCUUCCUUCCCCCAGCCUGGAGCCCUUCCCACAGAGCUCCAUCGUGGUCACCCUCGAGGACAUGGGGCUCUGGAUGAAGUUUCACCAGAUAGGAACUGAGAUGAUCAUCACCAAAUCUGGCAGACGAAUGUUUCCUCAAUGCAAAAUCAAAGUCUCUGGCUUAAUCCCAUAUGCCAAAUACCUCAUGCUGGUAGAUUUUGUGCCAAUGGAUAACUUCAGGUACAAGUGGAAUAAAGAUCAGUGGGAAGUUGCUGGAAAAGCAGAGCCCCAGCUCCCUUGUCGCACCUAUGUCCACCCAGAUUCCCCAGCUCCUGGCAGCCACUGGAUGAAAGAACCUGUCUCCUUCCAAAAACUGAAGCUCACUAACAACACUCUGGAUCAACAUGGGCAUAUCAUCCUGCACUCCAUGCACCGCUACAAGCCACGCUUCCACAUCGUGCAGGCUGAUGAUCUCUUCAGUGUCCGCUGGAGCAUCUUCCAGGUGUUCAGCUUCCCUGAGACUGUCUUCACUUCUGUCACUGCCUACCAGAACGAGCAGAUUACAAAGCUCAAGAUUGACAACAAUCCAUUUGCUAAAGGUUUCCGUGAACAUGGGAAGAACACUCGAAGGGAAGGACGAGCCAAAUGCCAGAAGCCCAGUCCAGCCAAGAGCCAGAAGAGGAAGCUGCCUGAGGAAAAGGAGCCUGCUGCUGAGGAACGUGAUUUUGAGAAGGAUGAGAAUGUAGAUGUGAAGGAAGAGAGUAACCCUGUAGUGGUGAGCAGUGGAUAUCCCUUCUGGGGCUCGGAGCAGAACAGCAGCCAGGCCUUCCCUGCAGCCUCACCAGUGCCUGCUGAGCAGAGGGAGGGUCUGGCCAGAGAGCAGCAAGUGCCAACGCCAUCCUACCAGACAUACCGGUUCCACGAGGCUGGGGACAGCCAGCAGCUUCCCAGCCGUGAUGCCUCGACCUUGAAUGAUUUCCGGGCAAGGUGCCACGCCUUGGAUCUGGCCAUGGUGCCUGAGCAUGACUCCAAACAGCUCCCAGAGGGCUUCACCAACCUGCCCCCACUGCCUCCACCUCUGCCUCCUCCCCAGGACUACACAGGAGUGGUGAACAUGGCUCUGGACUCGGUGGGGAAAGCCGGGGCCCGGGCGCCCAUGUACAGUCCCUAUGGCAGCGAGCAGGGCCUGGGCCAGUGGGUGGUGCCUCCCCACAGCCAGUACAGGGCAAUGAGCUACUCAGCCUUCUCCACGGAGUACAACACACAAGGAACUCCAGGACAUGCCCAUGGCACCAUGGCAGAGUGGAGCCAGUACCCUCUGUUCCCCUACGCCUGCUGGUGAAUGGGGAGGACCCUUCCCAGUGAAAAAACUGAAAGAAAAUUGUAAAUGAGAUUGAAUUUGCUCUGGGGUGUUGGACUUGUGAAGCUUUGCCUACACUAGGCAGAGGUAUUUGCUGCAAGCAGUAGCAUGGGAUACCUUCACUUCCUUGUCU